AUGACACACAAAAUUAGAGAAAUAAACCUCAACUCCGAACUCAGAUGUGAGAAUUUGCUAAGAACACAACAAAAUCCAUCCAAAAUUAGACGCCGGCCGGAUUUCCGAACGCGAGCGCCGGAUUUCCCAGUUGAGAGCCGGUGCAUAUGCAUACGUUCUUUUUCUCUGUCCACGCCUGAGAAUUUUUGCCGCCAGAAAAGAGCUCAGCAAGGAGCUGUUGCAAUGGGGGUAUCUGGCAAGCCACGGGUUUCAGGAAUACAAAAGCAAGUGAUUGCUCUGUAUAGAGGAUUUUUACGAGCAGCACGCACUAAAUCACCCGAAGAACGUAUCAAAAUAGAGUCCAUUGUGUCUAAGGAGUUCCGCCGUAACUCCACUCAGGUCGAUCGCAAAAACUUUCUGUAUAUUGAGUAUUUAAUUCGCCGUGGUAAAAAACAGUUGGACCAGUUAAAGAGCCCAGGUACUGUUGGCAUGUCAUCCUUAAAUAUCCACGUUUAUCAGACAAAAUAA